UGGAACCACAGUUGUACAAAUCCGCAACUGUGUUGUUCAGUGAUAUUGUCGGAUUUACAAGUAUUUGUUCCACAUUUACACCAUUUGAGGUCAUGGAUCUCCUUAAUCUGCUUUACCGGACAUUUGACGCCAAGUUAGGGAAAUACGAUGUGUACAAAGUGGAUACGAUAGGUGACAGCUAUAUGGUUGUUUCCGGACUACCGGAUGUUAACGAGGAUCGUCAUGUAAGUGACGUAUCGUAUUUGGCCUUUGACCUCUUAGAUACAACCAAUCAGCUAAAAGUUCCUCAGCUGUCUCGUAGGAAUGCCUAUCUCAACAUAAGGAUUGGAAUCAACACAGGUCCAGUUGUGACCGGUAUAGUCGGAAGAAAGAUGCCUAGGUACUGUCUGUUUGGCGAUACAGUCAAUGUUGCAUCUCGCAUGGAGUCUACCGGAAAACCUCAGCAUAUCCAUAUAUCGUCGUACACGGCUGAAGCAUUAACAAAAUACCCGUACUUCAAGCCAGUGAAAAGGGGACUAAUUGAGAUUACGGGUAAAGGUAGAAUGAUGACGUACUGGUUGAUGAGGACUUGUUCUCAAAGCGAGUUACAUGUACCAGGCAGCAGACCUUUGACCCCACAAUGACAUCCAAUCAGCAACUUGAUUAUAUACCGGGUGGUCAGCGACGCGGUGACACACGUCAUAGGUUAACACAGGGGCCUGUAAUAUUGUUGUAUACUUUCAUGUCUCUCUGUAAAGCAGGCGAAGUUCAAUCUUUGUAAAUUAUAAUAACAUUUAUAUAAAUCGUUCAAAACAAAGUUGUGUAAACAAUCAGAUAUUAUCUUUAUAAUACUUGAUGCUGUUCACAUGUUACGUCAUCUUUGUACAGUAUAUGUUAUUUCGUUGCAUGUACAUU